GACUGCCAAGAAAAGGAAAAGACAUACGAAAAGAAGGUACAAAGCAAGAUGUACACUGGAAGGCUGAAAUGCACAAACAAUUAGGCAUCAAAUAAAAACUUCCUGGGACUUAACAACUGCAUGCUUUCAAAAACAUGACCUCAAAAAAUGGAUAUUGAAAUUCAGCAACAGCACUUUGAGUUGCUGUCUACAGAGGGUCAGAGAGCUCUCGGAUUUCAUCAAAAAUAUCUUAAUCUGUGUUCCGAAGAUGACAAAAAGUCUUAUGGGUUUGAAAUCACAUGAAGUUCACAAGGAAAGAUCUUGUUUAUGGAAGCUUUUUACUGGGCUGUGUCUACUGGUAGUCUUGUUUUUUCUGGUUUUGUCUUUUAUGGGAGAAGAAAGAGAGAAACGCCCUCUACCCAGCUUUUUGUCUCUGCACUCAGUAGAACACAGUUGCCACAACUCUUCAAACGCCAGGUCUCCUGCAGGAAUCAACUUUCAUACACAAAUAAGCUCUUUCUACUCUGAAUUAGGAAUCAGUUUAGAUGCCUACUCUAGGUUACAGCAGGCUGUUUACUGGGAAGAACCUGACAGAUCAAUCACAAGUGUGUCCAUGAGUACUAGUCCAGCCCACACCACUUUCAUCAUAGAGAACCUGAAAGAGAGCUACCAAAUUGGUGAGGAGCUUUUUGUAACAGUACACGCGAAGGACUCUGACAACAAAUUCAAGCAUUAUGGAGGUGACUUUUUUCAGGCCAAGCUGUUCUGGUCUAAAUCUAAGGCCAGUGUGUUUGGGGAGGUGCUGGACCUGUGCAAUGGCUCCUACCGUGUGCGUUUCCUCCUGCCGUGGGUCGGUGAAGCUCAGGUGGCUGUGCGUCUGAUUCACUCCAGUGAAGCUGUGGAGGUCCUGAAGCGUCACAGAGAAACUGACUCUGACAGAGUGUACUUUAAUGGAUAUUAUGAGGGACCAGGACCAGAUAAGACCAGACUGAGUGAAACGGUAAAGUGUAAUGUGAAGUGGGACAAGAAUGGACUAGAGAGCAUAAGAACUGGAGACUGUUGCUGUGAAUACAACGAUCCCCGUUCUGGAGAAACAUGGCGCUGCCAGAGACCCAAAUCACUGCCAUGCAGUGCCCUUGUGUACCACUCUAUGGGUGGUUAUACAGACAGUUUGACUUUUAAAGACAAGAUGCUUAUGAAGCAAACUAACAAAGAUAUCAGUGGCGACAAGAGCAUCAUCAAAAUUGUUCCUUCCCAUGGAAAUACAAAUAUUGAUGUAACAGAGAAAUGUCAUCCUGGUUUACACACUCCAGUUCCGGCCGGCUUUUACCUGAAUGAUGUGUGGACUUCUUUUGUCUGUAGAACCCGCCAUUUUACAACCCAAAAGAUAACAGAGUGCCUGAAAGACAAAGACAUCUACAUGAUGGGAGACUCAACUCUGAGACAGUGGUUUGAGUUCUUUGUGAAUGAACUACCAGUGCUGAAGCAGAUGAAUCUGCAUGUCCAAUAUCAGUCAGGACCACUCCUAGCAGUGGAUGUGGAGAACAACAUUGACUUACACUGGAGAGCUCACGGUGUUCCUCUGCGCACUCGAAAAACAGCAUUUGCCGAUCUGCACUACAUCAGUAAUGAGAUCGAUGACCUGGCUGGAGGACCCCACAUGGUCAUUGUAUUCAAUCUGGGGCCUCAUUUCACCACUUACCCUCUGGAUUUCUUCACCCAAAGAGUGUUAAGGAUCCGCAAAGCUGUUCUAGCACUGUUACAGCGGGCACCUGAAACUACAGUUAUAAUCAAGACUGUCAACACUGGCAGAAAGGAUAUUUUUGGCAGUGACUGGUAUUCUCUUCAGUUGGACAGAAUUCUGCAGUGGGCUUUUCAGGAUGUUGGUGUUUAUAUUCUGGAUGUGUGGCAAAUGACUGCCUGUCACUACAACGAUGAAGACAUCCAUCCAGGCCCUGUCAUCAUCAAAAAUGAGAUUGACAUUUUACUCUCUUUUAUUUGCCCCAAAUGAAUUUAAAUGACUAAAUUUUACUACAUUUGAAAAUCCAGGUCAUGUGUAAAAAACUUGAAAUACUGUGUGACAGUGUUUAAAGUUUAAAGUUGUUUUAUUAAUAAAGAUCAUGAAGAGGAUGCUAAGAUAAUCAUCCAACACAGCACACAUGGAUAGGGUGACCAUAUGAGCCAUUUUUCCAGGACGCGUACUUUGGUGCCUUAUAAUGAUCAGUGCACAGCGACGCUUCAAGUUGAAUGAACGAAUAAACACCUAACAUGUACGUGUAUUUGCAUUGCUCUGAUCGUUCUCUGUAGAUCUCACCUUCUCACACACCACGAUUGGUUGAUUAUGUACCAUACCUGCAUGUUAUUGGUCAAACUACUUUGGAUGUUUUAGGCAAUAUAGAAAUCCUGGCAAGGAUGCGUCCUGGGAAAAUGGCUCAUAUGGUCACCCUACACGUGGAGCACAUUGUUGUUUUAGUAAUGACAUUUAUAUAGAAGCCUCUUUCUGCCACAUAAAAAUGCUAAAUUAUCAUAUAAGAAGUCAAAUUAUGACAACCAUAAUCAUCAAAUUAAAAGUCAAAGUAAUGAAAUACUAAGUCAAAAUAGCCUUAAACUGGAAUUUGGUGUCCUACUGGUGUUAUUUACUUGCAUGUCAAUUUCUAGAGAACCAAGAAGUUGUGCAGACCUCAAGAAUAGAAAACAUAUCAACUGGCCGCUUUGAACAUUUCAUCUUGCAGAUGCAUUGCAUGCUGCUCAGGCCUCAGCUGUAAUAUGCAAUGUUUUAUUUUUGUGUACCUGAGAUCUAUCAGAUCGCCUAUGUUUCAGUUCUCUAAAACUUCAGUAACGUUUUUGUGGUUACCACUUUGCUGAAAAUAAUAGUAGUUGUUGCAUGCAGGAAUGUUCUCUGAUUGGACCAAUGAUCAUACACAGAUUCUGUAAAUGAUGUGUCUCUUUCUAUAACUUGCAAAUUUAAUGAAUCGGUAAGACUUGUCAUUGGCAUUAGCACAGUUCUUACUUAAUGAGAGCAACAGUGUUUUGUUUCCUGUAGCCACCCACAUCUUACCCAAUGCAGCUAUACAGAAAAAUGUGUUGCUCAGAAAAGAAAUCCACCCACCGGCCCAAAAAAGCAGAAUCAAGCGGCCAGGUCGAAGGUUUAAUACGUGUUUGGUCUUUUAUUUGCACUUUUGAAUUGAUAAGGAUUUAGUUUAAAUUUUAGUCUAGCUCCAUGUUCAAUCAGGCUCCAAUUUCAAGUGAUCAGUUAUUAAUUAGAAAUAUUACCUAAAUUUAAUGAUCACAAAUAUUUAUUGUAUAUUAAUUUAGAUAUUUGAUUGUUCCGGACUCACUAUACUUUCAAUUAUAAUUACUAUACUUUCAUAAAUGAGCGAGGAGAGAGGUGUUGUUUACUUUUUUUUGAGAUUUCUUCUCCAGUUAAGUUUUAGUGUUUUAUUGCAUGGCAUCUGUUUUGUGUGAGUUCCUGAGGAGUUAAUUUCAUGAGGAGAUCAUUUCACUCCUUGCAGAGACCACAUAUAGGUGCAAGACAAACGAUCAAAACCAAAACAAAACACCAUGUGUACAUGAAAUGCAGACAUAUACAAAAACACACACACACCGAAGAACAGGGUGAUCAGACAGCGGACAUAACAAGACCCCCCCCCCUCCGACGGACGCCACCUGGCGCUACAGGAAGGGGCUCACCUCGUCACCGGUAGAAGUCCUCGACCAGUGUCUGAUCCAAGAUGUCCCGGGCCGGAACCCAGCUCCUCUCCUCUGGGCCAUAGCCCUCCCAGUCCAAAAGAUAUUGAAAGCCCCGACCCCUACAUCGGACAUCUAGCAACUUCCGCACCAUAUAGACCGGGGAGCCAUCCACUAGAUGGGGGGGGGGGGGGGGGGGGCAGAGGGAACAAGAGGGAAAUGGAACACCGGUUUAACCCUAGAAACAUGGAAAAAAGGGUGCACCCAACCAAGCGUGGUAGGGAGCUUGAGCUGCACCACUGUCGGACUCAGGACCUUGGUGAUCCGGUAUGGGCCAAUGAACCUGGGUGCCAACUUGUGUGAGGCUACCCUGAGAGGCAGGUCCUUGGUGGAGAGCCACACCUUAUGAUUUGGUCCGACUAUUAGCCUGGGUCAAGGCCUCCUUAGCCCUCUUGCAGGUGCAUCGACACCUUUGGACAAAAGCCAAAGCAGACGGGACUGCAACUUUGGGUUCCAAUGUGGGAUACAAGGGAGGUUGAUA